AUGGCGAACGCAGGCCGUAUGUCACUGAAGCGAAAGGUGUGUUUUUUAAUUUAUCGCCACGUUGCAUGCCACAUUUUUCGUUAAAUUAAUCGAAAAAAAAUUUUAAGUUUGUUCAAGCUGGUGUGUUCAAAGCGGAAGUGGACGAAUUUCUGAGACGGGAAUUGGCCGAGGACGGUUACAGUGGCGUUCGCGUCCGGUCAAAUGAACGCAGAACCGAGAUUAUCAUCUCGGCCACAAGGGUUCAAAGUGUUCUUGGCGACCAAACUCGCCGUAUCCGCGAGCUGAUCUCUCUAAUAAAGAAAAGGACCCGAUCAAACAAGAACAUUGAGGUUUUCUUGGAAAAGAUGAUGGCUAGGAGUCUCAGUGCCACAACCCAGGCGGAGUCACUCCGAUACAAGCUCACUGGGGGUCUCCCGGUCAGGAAGUAAGUUGUAAAGUUGCCAUCAUAUGUUUCAGAGCCUGCUAUGGUGUCCUGCGUUUCAUAAUGGAGAAUGGUGCUCGGGGUGCCGAAGUUGUCGUCUCAGGAAAGAUCAAGGGCCAGCGGGCGAAGUCAAUGAAAUUCUGCGAUGGGCUUAUGCUUCACUCGGGCGAUCCAAUUAAUUACUACAUUGACAAAGCCGUACGGCAUGUUCGCCUACCCCAGGGUUUGUCCCAUUCGUGAUGUCUUACUCGUUUCAGGAAUUCUUGGCAUUAGAGUGAAGAUAAUGUUGAACUACGAUCCCAGCGGAGCGACUGGCCCUAAGAAGCCACUUCCAGAUAGCGUUACUAUUCAGGAUGUUAAAGAUGAGGUUCUCCCCACCGGUCCCCUCUCAAUCGAGAAGUCUCAGUGA